GCUGCUCUUCCACUAGAAAACAUAGUGAUAUUUUCAACGAAUAUGUUCUUGCAGCGAGGCAAGAGUAAAAUGUUGGAGUGGAAGGAAGAUGAUUGGGGAAAGUAACUGGUACCUCCAAUGUUGUUGCAUACUCUGUAUCUGCUGCAGGGGGUGCUUGGCAUGUAUUGCUCCUGACACCAGGGUCUUUUCGCCAAUGUAAGAAAACUGGAGCGGCUGAUUUUAGGCAUACAGUGUGCUUAUGAUAGUCGUUAUGCUUGUCCCACAUUGACGGCUCUGUUAGAUCCGGUAAGUGUGACCACGGUGUCAGACCAAAGCUAGUGAGAGCAUUCAACGCGGGCUGUAUGCAAGAAAGUUUUGCUGACAUCUCCCUUUGAUCUAUUGACAAUUGCGUAUUUGUCUGCGCAGACAAGAGUCCAACGCGUCUUCGGCAAAGGCCCUUGCUGAUGUAUUUUUGUUGGCUCAGGCAGUAGAACGUGCUAUUCUCAGGGACUAAAAGCGGUGUUCGCUCAAGGCGUGGUGAGCCAAUAUGCACAGCCUGCAUCCAGUCUCCGACAGUAGUCAACAUGUCAUGCGUUUGACUUCUUUUCAUGAUGCUGAAUCUGACGUGGUAUUGAAUAGCUAUUGCCCUAGCUAUCAUGUCUUCUGUCGGCUCAUCAUCAGUCUGUGACCUCCUGCCAAAGCUAGGAGGUAACUGCAGAUGUUCCCAUUGAAACUGUUCGUGGCGGUGAUGUUUUUGGCAAACAUGCGGCAGCAAUUCUGCAGGAACGACAAACUCGAAAGGCAGCCGAUAUUCUGUGCCUAUUUGCAGUGUCUCGGCUUUCUGACAAGUCAUAUCGUGGAGUGGCUUAUCCAUUUGAAGAAAUGUCUUGGAUACCGUAGACUGGGGGAGUGGUAUAUUGGUUUCAUUUGUGUCCAUGCGCACUACAUGAGUACCUUCAAAGGAUAGGCGUAGCUGAUGUAAGGCAAUUUGUCUUCGAGGGGUAAAUAGCACAGUUCCUUCAAUUUUGUCACCCGGUGUAUACCUUCU